UAUCGAUAGGUUUCUCAUCCCUAGUUUGGGAUAGACCGCGUUCAGUUUUGAGCAAAGUACUCAAUAAUAAUGCUUUGAAGACCCCAUUUGCAAAUGAUUUUCAUAUAUAAAAAGUAUAAAGGAGAAAAACAUUAAGAAUUAUGGCAGCCAAAGGAGCGCAUAUUACGCACAAUAUCGAAAUACACCCUUCGAUAUUUGAGGUAUUAGCCGCAGAUUCAUUAAAUGCAACUUUUUAUCCAGCAUUGAAAAAAGUAAUCCAUUUUUUAGCGACUAUAAAGCCAUAUCCAUUCGGCACUUUACUGAAGUAUUACGAUGAAGUAUAUGUAUUGUUCAACUGUGUUGUGCAAAGUUAUUAUCUGCGAAACAAUGGAGGGUCUUUAUCGGAAGUUUUUUACGGAUUAACACGAGUUUCAAAUAAAAAAUCGAGCUUCAAUCGCAUUCAAAAGCAAUGCUCUUUAGUAUGCUUAGUUGUAGCACCAUAUUUGAAUCACAAAUUUGAACGAAUUCUACACAAAUGGAGAAAUGAUAACAAAAAUGGAAAAGUCAUAUCUGUUGAGAAACAUCAAUUGACUCAAUUGAUUUCCUUUCUAAAAGCUGUUUUUGAAGGGCUUAAACUUGUUUAUUGCAUUUCAUACUUAGCCGGAAAGAGCUCAACGCACUCACCUGGAUUAUGGUUAAUGGGGCUAACGCUUACCUAUCUACCUGAUGAAGAAGUAUCAUGGACGUUCAAAGAUUUAUUAUCUGGCCAUGUUACAUUGGCAGCUAUGUGGAGCACGUUAUUACUAAGAGUUCUUGAGCUUUCUGCUUUUUUCUUGCAAUUUAUUGAGUGGUGGCAAAAUGAAGCGAAUAUGGGCGAUUUGUCUAAACUUCCACUUCCAAAGGCACCAGAAAGUGAUUUGAGCAGUGGAAAGUAUAGAAACAAAUGUCCUCUUUGUCUUCAAAAAUGGAUCAUACCUACUGUUAUAUCAGUAUCAGGAUAUGUAUACUGCUACCGGUGCGUUGUCACUUAUAUACAGCAGAGGAACCAAUGUCCUGUGUCUAAAUAUCCAGCAGCAAUCAGUGAUUUAGUGAGAAUUUUUGACGAUGAUGAAUAAAGCAACUUGUUGCCAUGAAGCUUGUUAAA